AUGGAUUCUUCCUCAAACCAUGCUGAACAACCACAGCAACAUGACACAGAUCCUAACGUGCAACAGAACGUAAUGGAUCCAAAAUUAAGGAGAAUCUUCUCAAAUCGGCUUUCUGCUAAAAGAUCAAGGCAGAAGAAGGUGAAAUUUGUUGAAAAUUUGGAAGAUCAGUCCAAAACUUUGCAGACGAGUCUUGCCAAAAUGGAACAAGUAGCCCAACUUCAACCACAACAAGCUUCCCACCAAAACCAAAUGCAGUGUCUUGUGGCGGAAGAACAGACAUUGCUCCACGAAAUGGAAUAUCUUCAGAAUAAGGCAUUGAUCAGAGAUGCUGAAGAUGAGAAGUUGAAGGAAAAAAUUAGUAGAUCAAAGGAAGUUCGAAAUAUCAAGCAAGAUGAAUUCAUUAACGUGGAUAUUGAUCUGCUGGAUGUAGAGUCCAAUGACUCAUCUUCAUAUCCAGGUACCAAUAUAGCUGCAGAGGCAACGCAGAUGGAGAAAGCUGCUAUGGCGGGUACGCAUGAAAUGAUGGAUCAGACGAAACUCGCAAGCCAUCUGUGCCAAUCCCUUCUUAGCCAUUACAUCAAACCCAGUGCUGGUUGGCGUCAUGUUUCUGUGAAGUUUUAUUACACUAAUAAUUCUGCAAACUUCAGAAACCGAAAUUAUGAUUGCCAGUAA